GGCCGAUUCAGUUUUCUCCGAACACUCUGUGGUUAGACUCGCAACUGGGCUUUGUGGCGUGGUUUGGUUUUGUUCAGUGUUGAGUGUUACUUUUUUGAGUUUUUCAUUCAAGGAAGCUACAUAUAGAGCUAAAUUGCCUCUUUUUGUGUUCUUUUCUUGUGAAAGAUGUGCAUAGCCAUCGUGAGUUGAUUCUUCAUGUGACACGGAUCUAAAAAAGAAAUAAUUAAAGCGGGGAAAUUACGUAAAAAAAAGCAGCAGAGCACUUUUAUCCACCCAAAAAGCAUCCCUCCCUCUUACGUGUGCGCCCAAUUGAGCAAUCACACCGCAGAGAAACACCUCUUCGUAGCUCCUAAAGAGACAUUGCCCAAAAAAACCGAGAAACAUUUUUCAGUGAUUUUUUGGCAUCAGUGAAUUGUUGAAUUUCUUCGGUUUUUUAUAACAUUAAGAAAACAUACAAUUCAGUUUGGAUAGCUGUGUUGUGCUCGUAUAUAGAAGAAAUAUUUUGGACGGAGUUUUCAGCGCGGGACGAGCCUUUUUUUUCACCCAUCGUGCACAACGGUAGCAACCCAAAAUGAAUGGAUAUACAGAUUUGACCACAAACCUCGAGAAUAGCCGAAACUGUCUAAGACGGAUUGCUCGUCACGAUGAUCAGGAAUUCUCCAAUCAGAGUAUAAUCAAUGUGAUGGAGAAAUUUGUAAAGACAGUAAAUGCCAUGGAUGAAACAAUCCUCGUUCCUUCCCGCCUUAUGGAUCGUCAGGUGGGAGAUGCCACUGAUACAGUUCCAGUUUCGCCAAAAGCCUUCCACCAUGGCCACAUAAAAAGCAAGAAGCGCGACACGGUGCGGGAGUACCUGAAUUCAGCGGACCUCCUCAAGUUGUACAAUAUGCUGAAUUUAGUGAAGAAUGACCUGCUGUGGGCACGAAAUGACACCACUGAGGAAACGGGGAAACAGGAGAAGAGUACAGGCGAGUUGAGUACAAAUCUUGUCAAAGAUGAUGCGAGCAAAGGUGGUGAUGUUGCCAAGGAGGAAACGGAAAAGGUAAAGGGUCACGUAAGGCGACCCAGUACCAUCUCCAUGUCCUCCUCAAAUUCCGUGAGCACCCUCAGUGAUUCCGAGAGUGAGAUCUCCAAUGAAAAUGAUUCGGGGAUUGAGUCGGAAAGUCGGCGUGAUCUCGAUAAGAGUCAAGAAUUGGCAAAACAAUUCCGGACACACCUCCUUGGGCUCUACCGCAGUCUUGAGCAAAUGACAGAAGCGGCAAAUUAUCUCACAGCACGGUAUCAAAGUGAUGUGGGUCCAGUAUAAUUUAUUAUGCAAAAAAAAAAAGAAUUUUUCUUUUACAAAAAAAAGCAAAAAAAAAGCGUGGAACAGUGAAGGCAGCCAAUGAGGGACGGGAGAGAAUAAAAAAAAGAUUGUUGUGUACACCAACCCCAAGCCCACCACCCAAAUUUAUAGUCUUUAAAAAAAUCGUCACUGUGAAUGAAACUCGCAUGUCUUAUAUUUUUGUAGAGCAAAAAAAAAGCAAAAUAAAUUGAUAAAACCAAUAGCGCCCCCCCCCAAAAAAAGAAAGAAAAAAUGAGGAGAAAGCAAAGUUAAGGCACUUUCUCAGUGAGUCUUCCUCGAGAAGACUUCUUUGGAUACUUUUUCACACUGUUAAUUACCUCUUGAUUUUUUUUUCGUUCAAAUUAUUAAUAAAUUUAUUAUGCAAUUCAGUCUCAUACUUUUCUUUUCCUCAUAGUCAAUGGUCGGGAUUGUAGGACACAAAGAGAGAGAAUUUAUGCUGAAUGAGAAGAAUUUUGCAUGCAAAUUUUCUAGAGUAUGUAAAUGCUUGAUGGAAAGAGAAAUUAAAAUAAAAUUCUUGGAAAUAUAUUUGAAUUUUACUUUUAGAGAAAUUUAGGCUGAAUUCUGAAAUCAAGAUUUUAGGAACUUUGAAAUAUUUAUUGAAAUCAUUUUUAAGGGAGUUUCAAUUAGAAAAAAUUAUUGCUAGACUUCAGAAUUCAGACCUUCUUUGGAGAAAAUUCAAAUAAAAAAAAAUUUACAUUUUUUCAAUUAUUUCCUUUUGAAAAUUUAAUAAAUUCCUUAAAAAUCAUCCUGAAAAAUUCAUUUUGAUAAAUUUUUAAUGAAUUUUCUUGUUAAAGCUGUCGAUUCUGUCAAAAAUCUUUAAAAGAUUUCUAUUUUAUUCUUUUCUUACAACUUAAAAAUUACAAGAUUUUGACAGUUUAUGUUUUUUGAUCAUUUUUAUUGCUGUUCCAUAUAGAAAAUAGAAGAUUAAUUGUUUCAGAAACAAUCAGAAAGCUCAUUGAAUAACCCUGAAAAAUAAAUUUUACUUUAAAAGCACGAUUGAAGAAAGAAAUAAACUGUCAAAAUCUUUUAGAAUUUUUCAUAGAAUACCAAAAAUCUUAUGACUGAGGAAUAGUGAGGAAAGAAAAGAAAAUAUUUUUAACUGAAUCAAACACAAAAUUCCAAGAAUUCUUUAAAAAUUAUCCCGAAAAUUCUGAAAUCAUUCUUUAUACUUUUUUUAUUUCUUGAAAUUCCAUUCAAAAUACAACAAAAAUAUGCAAUCAAGAAAUAAAAAAUCUUGAAAUCUUUAUUCCAGAAUUCAGACUAAAUUUUGUAGAAGAAAAAAAUUUCUUUUACGUCCAAUUUAAAUUCUUUUAGUUCUCAUCUUUCUGACCCAAGACCAACCAUUCAUAAUUUCUCGACCAUUGACUGUAAACAAAAAAAAACACAUGAUUGGUGUAUUUAAUGAAAAAAAAAUGUUCGAAUUGGCCAAGUCACAGAAAUAUUUUGUUAUUUCUUUUUUUUUAGCAGAAGAUAUUAAAUAUAUUGCUCAUUUAUGUUCAAUAUAUUACCUAUAUACAUAUAAUAUGGGAGAAAUGUGGCUGAGAGAGUGAAAGAGAGCGUGAAAGUGUUUUAUGUGAGAAAAGUUUUUUUUUGCAUGUGAAAAUCUAAUUGCAAGAAAAAUCCGAUCGAAUUGAUAUUUAUUUUGAUGUUGUAUAAAAAAAAAGUGAAUGCAGGGAAAAAUGCUCAGUUUUGUAAAACACAAAAUAUCUUCUCGUCUCAUUUUCGCAACCCACAUAUUUAACACAGAAAAAAAAAUUUCUUGGCCAAUCUUCCUCCAAAAAGCGAUAGAAAUUUAUAGAUAGCAAGUAAUGAAGAAGAAGAAGAAAAAAAUGUAGUUGCGUGUGAAUGUUUGGUGUGACUGAGAAAAGUUCAAUAUGUAAUAUGAGAAUGCAUAUAUUGGCUUUAAAAAUUAAAUGAGAUAAAAAAGUGAGAAAGAAAAAAAUCUUAAUAUUGAAGAAAAAUUGGAAAAAGUUGCCUUGAAAAUUAAUGUGUUUUAGGUGUUUUUAUUUAAUGAUUUAUAAUACAGUGGAAUUUAAAAUAAGUGGUAUAAAAAUUUAAUUGAGAAGGUAAUUUGAAGAUUUUUCUCAAUUGGUAAUGAUUAUUUUAAUUAGUGAAGGCAAUUUGAGAUGACCAAGAAGCAAGUUAAAAUUUAAUGUCAAGUUUAUUUUGUUUUAUUAAAAUAAGCAAGAUGUUAUUUAAGAUGGUACAUUUUUACUUUGGCAAUAAUAUUUUAUUUGCUUGUUGCUUUAGUGGAAACUUGAGAGAAAAAAAAAGAAAGUGAAAUUAAAAUUCCAAUGACAGCACUUACGUGACAUUUGAAAUAUUUUGACAUAUGCUCUAUAACUGUCACACAGGAACAUGUGUCAAAUGUACGUCACGUCAUUGCUUAUUGUUGGUGCUUUAAAAAAUAUUCAUUCCGUACCCUAAGAAAUCUCAUUGUGUUGAGUUUAUUCCUAAAAAAAAAAGGAAAAUUAUGGAAGAAAAGCGGAAAUUGUGUGUAAUUUAGUCAUUUAUUUGAUUAAAUUCUAAAAAAAAGUGCAAUUUUUUUUACAAUGAAGGAAAUUGUUGGCAGAUAGAGCUGCAUACGCCAAGAAUAGUGUCUAGCCUAGCCAAAUAAAAUUUAUAAAAAAUAAUGGAAAUGAGAGCGUUUUUUUUCGAGAGGUUUAUAGAGAGGAAUUCAAAAUGAAAAAUGAAUAUUGGAAAAGAUAUUAAAGUGAAUGGAAGAGAGUGAAAACUACUUUUAUGUUUCUGUAAAAUGUUUGCAUUUCUUACCUUUCUUCGAAGAACCUCUUUUUAAUUUUUAAAUGUUAAUAUCUUAUACAUUUUGUAUAAAAUUAAGCGGGUAAUGAUGAAUAGUGAGAUGAUAAAUUAAUUAUUUGAUGAAUAAAAAAUGAAAAAAAAAAUAUUUGUAAAUAAUAAAUUGAAAAAUAAAAUUUGUUAAAAUACUUGUAA